AUGGUCCAUGUCCCUACCUUUGAUGGAACUCCUGACUCGGAUUCGGCAGAAAAGUGGUUAGACGAAAUAGAAAAUAAUUUUGCACUUUUGCAAGUGCCGAAGGAGAUGAAACACCUAAUCAUCAAACCCUUUUUGGUAAGAGAAGUCAAUAAGUGGUGGGCAACUCUGGAACCUACCGUCGCCCCACCAGUAAGUUGGACAAAAUUUAGAGAGGAGUUCCUGAAAUACUUUUUACCACCUGCCAUGAGAAUACAGAAAAUAAAUCAGUUUGAAAAUCUGAAACAAACACCGAGGAUGUCUAUGGUGCAGUAUUCGAAUAAGUUCACGACGCUAGGAAGGUUCGUGCCGUCGACAAUGGCGGAUGUUGAGUUGAAGAAAUAUAAGUUUAUACGGGGGUUGUCGAGUAGGAUUCAAAUUAAGGUGAACACCGCUUACAUCCCUACGUUUAAUGAAGUGUUGGAUGCCAGCGUUAAAGCUGAGACUGAUUGCAAGAGAUUUGAUGAAGAAGGUAAGAAUAAAAGGUCUAGACUAGGAAAUGAACUUGCAGUGUUAGGAGCACUGAAACCCGGCGGACGGUUUCGCUUAAUUAAGAAAAGUUGUGGGUCACCACUGAAGAUAACUGGAGGAAAUACCUUCCCUGUGUGUAAAACUUGCGGGAACAUGUAUCGGGGAGAAUGCCGACUUAAGAAGAUUUUCCCUCUGUGCAAAACUUGUGGGAAGAUACAUUGA